AUAAAGUGUUACUAUAUUUGAACGAUAUCAGAAAUUUUGGCAAUAACGUUAAAUCGUCCGAGUUUAGUAAAUAUUUCAAAGUAUCUACAUUCUCAUCAUAUGAGUAUAACGCCACAUUAAAGGAAUUAAAAAAGUGUAUUUGCUGUUGGAUGUUUGCUGUUUGCUAUUUGCUAUUCGCUAUUCGUCGUUUCGUUCUCUGUGUGCUGUGCUAUUAUUUAAAAUUGGUUGGUGUCAGUUUAGUGAUUACGACCAAAUCUAGUCCAUCGAAUGUUGUUGUUGCAUGUUAGUUAUUAUCUUGCGAUAAUUUUUAAUUUGAAAUAAAGUGAUAAAAUUAUAAAUUAAAAAUUAAAUAAAUAUUUCCACUUCGCUCUAUUCUCAUGCAUGCAUACAAAAAGGUGCUAAAUAAUAAUCGUUAAGCAAUAAAAUUACUACUGAAAGAAUAUAAAUCGAAUCGAAUAAGUAAAAUUAAAUGGAAAUCUAAAAUUAUAACAUAUAAAAUACUUUUAAGAUAACUACAGUACAUCUCAGCAAGCGAUAAAAAUUGUUCAAGAAUUUGUCAUCUACAUUUUGUGGCGCACAACGAUUUGAGAAGUGAGCGACCGACCAGCACUCAUUUUAGAAAAGUGAGCAAAGUAAACGGGAAAGUUUAAUAAGUGCACGGAUAUAUAUUUGCUUAUUGACUAAGCGUUUAUUAUAAAUCCAGCAAAAUUCUACCUUUUGGCAAUUUUAAACUUCAACCUCCACCACCACCUGCAGCCCAACAUAUGCAUAAAAUGGCUGCGCCAACUGGAGCAGCUCCUACAGCGGCACUAGAAGCCCCUCUGUCUGCACCAAAGUACGGAACUUUGAUUCCGAAUCGUAUUUUUGUUGGUGGCAUCAGUGGUGAUACUACGGAAUCAGAUCUGUGUCGCGUAUUUUCUGCUUAUGGCAAUGUCAAGUCUACAAAAAUAAUUGUCGAUCGUGCUGGUGUUAGUAAGGGUUAUGGAUUCGUCACUUUCGAAACGGAACAGGAAGCGCAACGGCUGCAAACUGAUGGGGAAUGCGUAGUGCUAAGAGAUCGCAAAUUGAACAUUGCACCAGCCAUUAAGAAACAGUCUAUCGUGGCAGCAAAUGGUGCAGUUUAUUAUACAACAACUCCACCGGCUCCAAUUAGUAAUAUGCCCAUUGAUCAGUUUGCAGCAGCAGUUUAUCCGCCAGUAUCUGAUUUUGCAGCUGCUGGUGUGCCAACACUUUACCCACCUUCGAUGCAAUAUCAACCAUUCUACCAGUACUAUAGCGUGCCAAUGAACGUGCCCACCAUCUGGCCGCAGAACUACCAAGGUUUUGAACAAAGUGCAAUGCCAGCUUAUUGUCCGGAAAACUCUGCGUUGCCAUGUCAGUGGUAUUCGCAAUAAUUAUAAGAACGAAUCAUCAAGAAAAUUUUCUUCAAGUUGACGGGGGUUAAAAAACCAAAAACGAAAUCUAUUGGCGAACAAUGAACAAUCACACACAUAUAGAAGCUCAAAAUUAACUGAAACGAAUUGAAAAUGAAGCCAAUGUAGAAACAGAAGGAAUCGCUCAGAUUGAACACUCUUUAAUCCCCUAUAUAACUUGAAAACACUACAUUUUUAAACCACAUACACACAUUGUUUCGAUAUUUUUGCAUUUUUUUUGCAUUCUACUUUUUACACUUUAUUUACGUAUUGCAUGCCAUAUAUUCCAAUAGUUUUAUAAGUUGUUUUCUCUCUCCCUUGCGAGGGUCCUAAUAUGCCUCUGAGGCAUUUUUAUAUUUUGUAUAUGAAAAGCCUUUUAAAUUUUAAACUAAAACUUCAGCACAUCAGUAAACAUACUGAAUUAGUUAUUUGUCAUUUUAGAAAUUGUUUAGAAUUCCGUUUGAUAUACAAAAUUAAUUAGGAAUUGGGUAAUACAAACUUUUGGCUUAUUUGGACAAAUUCGUUCAAAAUUGACUGACCUAUUUUUGAAUUUAUAUUUUACGAUGCUGCUUUAUUCAGCACGACCAAAAAGUGUUCAAAUAGUGCCCCAAUAUAUUUUUAUAUUAUUUUAAGAAUACAAUAUUUUAAAAAUCAGCGUGUAUAUAUAGUUUGUUUUUUUCAAGAUUUAAUUGAGUUCUCUUCAAAAAGUUUCCCGCAAUGAGAAAAUCAGACUAAUUGUGGGACUAACUGAAUUGGUGAAUUAAUUUAUCUUGAUCGAGAUUGCUUUGUUUUGUCUCGCGCGAAUAAUGUGCCAUUCCAGUUCCUACUUUAAUUGAUAUUAAAAAAACACAAAAAUAACCUUUAAAAAUUUCACAAAAUAUGUGCAACAUGCAAUAUGACUACAUUUUCUGAUGCAAGAAUACCUACCAACUCCAAACUUCCACAUAACAGUACGAACACCAUACCAUAUCUACAAAAAUAUCUACACAUAUAUAAAAUGAUAAGCCUGAUUUCAUUCAAUAAAGUACGGAAACAUAA